AUUCUAAUAUCAGUCAGAUCCAUCUGAAAUCCGAAAAUUUUAUACAUUUCAUAUUUCAACGAUUGAACAUUUCCUUUUAUGGCAAACAUUGUCGUGGAAUAGUGGAAACAGGAUUCUGAUUGAACGAUAAUCCUCAGUUCAUCAUUCUGUUAUCAGUGCAAAAAUCUUUGUAAUUGAGCUGUACAGCAGUGUCUAGUGAUUGAAAAUCCAGUGCUUCAUCAGGAAAAUGUCCUAUUCAUGUAAAAAUAUCUAUGCCACUCUCCCAAGAACUCAGAGAGGGCAGCCACUGGUAUUGGGAAGUGAUCCUAAAGGAAAGAAUUUUUUAUACACCAAUGGAAAUUCUGUUAUAAUAAGAAAUAUUGAAAAUCCAGCUAUUGCUGAUAUUUAUACAGAACAUUCUUGCCCAGUUAAUGUUGCCAAGUAUUCUCCCAGUGGUUUCUACAUUGCUUCUGGAGACCAAUCGGGCAAGGUCCGCAUCUGGGACACCGUCAACAAGGAGCACAUCCUCAAGAACGAGUUCCACCCGAUCGGCGGGCCGAUCAAGGACAUCGCCUGGUCGCCCGACAACCAGCGAAUGGUGGUGGUGGGGGAAGGCCGCGAGCGGUUCGGCCACGUGUUCAUGUCCGAGACGGGCACCUCAGUGGGCGAGAUCUCGGGCCAAUCGAAGCCGAUCAACUCGUGCGAUUUCAGGCCUGCCCGGCCGUUCCGCGUGAUCACCGGCUCGGAGGAUAACACGAUAGCGGUGUUCGAAGGGCCGCCGUUCAAGUUCAAGAUGACCAAGCAGGACCACUCCCGAUUCGUGCAAGCCGUAAAGUACUCCCCCUCGGGCGCCCUCUUCGCUUCCGCCGGCUUCGACGGCAAAGUCUUCCUCUUCGACGGCGCCACCUCCGAGCUGGUGGGCGAGGUGGGCGCGCCUGCGCACUCGGGCGGCGUGUACGGCGUGGCGUGGAGCCCCGACGGCACACAAUUGUUGACUGCCAGCGGCGAUAAGACGGCCAAGCUGUGGGACGUCGAAACCAGACAGAUGGUGUCGGAGUUCGUGUUGGGGAGCACGGUGGAGGAUCAGCAGGUAUCCUGUCUCUGGCAAGGCGAUCACCUCCUAACUGUAUCCCUGAGCGGCUUCAUCAACUAUCUCGACGUCAACGAUCCCUCCAAGCCGCUGCGCGUCAUCAAAGGCCACAACAAGCCCAUCACCGGCCUGACCUUGAGCGACGACAGGUCGACCAUCUUCACGGCCUCGCACGACGGCUGCGUCACCAGGUGGAACGCGGAGACGGGGGAGAACGACCGUGUGGAGGGGGCGGGGCAUGGUAACCAGGUGAACGGGAUGCGAGCGCACGAGGGGACGCUGUACACUUGCGGGAUCGACGAUAGCUUGAAACAGGUCGAUAUCGAAGGAAACACAUACAGGCCUCAGCAGUUGAAACUAGGUUCUCAGCCGAGAGGUAUGGACGUAUUCAGAGAAGAAAAUAUUAUCGUCACGGCCAGCAUCAACGAACUCACCGUUUCAAAGGACAACCAAAAGCUCAGCACCUUGAAAGUUGGAUAUGAACCAACCAGUGUUAGCUGCUCGCCAAGGGGGCACGUUGCAGUUGGAGGUAAUAUGGAUAACAAAGUACAUCUUUAUGAGUUGAAAGGAAACGAUCUCAGUCCAUUGAUGGAGUUGGACCAUCUGGGCGCGGUGACGGAUGUAGCCUAUUCACCAGACGAUAAACAUCUUGUUGCUUGCGAUGCUCAUAGGAAAGUUGUCCUUUAUAGUACUGAGGAAUACAAGCUUGCCAAUAACAAAGAAUGGGGUUUCCACAAUGCUCGUGUCAAUUGUGUAGCAUGGUCUCCAGACUCUCAGCUGGUUGCUAGUGGUAGUCUUGAUACCAGCAUCAUCAUCUGGCACGUUGAAAAACCGGCCAAACAUAUUAUUAUUAAAAAUGCUCAUGCUCAAAGCCAAAUAACUAGACUGUCCUGGGUAGAUAAUAAUACCGUAGUUUCUGUAGGUCAAGACUGCAACACCAAAUUAUGGACUAUCACUCCAUUUUAGUAUUUUUUCGUUACUUUUAUUUAUAUUUUAUUCAUUUAUUUAUUGUGCAUUCAUUUUUUCGCAUUUAACCUAUAUCAUGUGAUUAUUGAUUUCUUUUUUAAUUUAUAUCAAAUGCGUUUAUAUUAUUAAAUUGUUUAUGGAACAGGGUCUACGAACAAAAAACGAAUUUUGUGAUUCGCACGGGGGUGUUUGCUUUCAAGCUAACAGGAGAAUUUCAGUAAAUCAUUUACGUCAGUGUUUCAGUUCACUGUAGGUAUUGAAUAGAACAGAAGCAUUUCCAUAAAGAAAUAGACGUUUUUGUUUUGUUUUUCAU